CCAUGCUAUAUAUCCUUGUGGUACAUAGAUCAUUCAAUAAAUAAGUGAAAUUAAUGUGUACAUUUCUGUGAAUUUGUUAUGCGGCAUUUAAAUAAGCUGCACGCAACGAAACUUGUAUUGAUAUUGUAUGUAUUUCAACUACCUGUCCGCCUAUUUUUCCCUCCGAUCGUACAUAUACUAGGGUGUAUGUACCUACACCAUCAUAUCUUUCCCACCACGUCGAAGUGGUGUCAUGAGUCUUGUGCUCGUGCUUGUGUGUCUAGUUCAGGGAAAUGCGAUAUGUCGGAUGAAAUGAAACAAGAAGCAAUGGAAUUGUGCGUCACCGCGGCAGAAAAGUAUGCGGAUAAUUAUGAAAGCGUUUCUCGGAUGAUCAAAGAGGCAAUGGAUAAGAAAUUCGGUGCGUCUUGGCAUACAGUCGUCGGCGAAGGCUACGGAUUUGAAAUAACUUAUCAACUUAAACAUCUAUUAUACAUGUACUGUGCUGGAAAUUUAGCGAUAUGCAUAUGGAAAUCAGCAUAGUGAUAUUUACAAAAAUUGAUAUACAAACAAAUGUACAAAUGGCGUAAUUAUGAUUUUU